AUGCCUAGUACGAUCCCUGACGUGCCUGGGACGUUGGUUACGGAUGAAAUUCAACUUGGUUUCCUCCGGGACCAUGUACGCGACCUUUGCCAAAUUUCUUCUGUCCGAUUCCCUGGCUCACAGCCCAUCUCUUUCAAUAAAAAGUCUGUUUCCUACCUGCUGAAAGAAGAUUACUGGGUAUGUGAGAAAUCCGAUGGGCAACGGGUCCUAGUCUUGAUAGUCGUGCCUCCUAUGACAGGACAGCAAGAGGUAUAUCUGAUUGACCGCAAGAACAUGUAUUACCGCAUCCACAACAUUGUAUUUCCACACUACGCACCAGAGACUUUGCAAGCAAAAAUAUCGAACAACCUUCUUACCGAUACGCUGCUCGACGGCGAACUAGUCAUCGACCAUGUCGGUCCUGAUCAGACCAAGCUGCGAUUGUUAUUGUUCGACUGCAUCAUCUGUGACGGUGAGAAUAUUACGCGACGUGACUUGGGGCGAAGAUAUGCUCGACUGCGGUCCCAGAUCUAUCCGUCAUAUAAAAACUAUCUUAAAGAACAUCCUGAUAAUGCGAUGAUGGCGCCCUUUGAAGUCCUCGUCAAACCCAUGGAUCUCGCCUAUGGCAUUGAAGCCGUGCUCAAGAAGAUGGAAUAUUUGCAGCAUGGCAAUGAUGGGCUGAUUUUCACGAGUUUUCAUGCGCCCUAUGUGUACGGCACAAAUAAUGCUAUUCUGAAGUGGAAACCGCCCCACGAAAAUACCAUCGACUUUAAGAUCGAGCUUCGCUUCCCACCUGAUCUGGACGCCGAUUCCUCGGGAGAGACGCCGGAUUAUACCGCCAAGCCCAUGUUCCAGCUGUUCCAGCAUGUGAAUGGAAUGGAGCAUGAACCAUUCGACUGGCUCAACAUGUCCGACGAGGAAUGGGAGCGGUGGAAAGAAUCUGGCGAACAACUGGACGAUCGCAUUGUCGAAUGUGCUUGGCAUGCGCCUUCGCCUGCCGGUGACGAUAUCCCGACCUGGCAUAUCAAGCGUAUUCGCGACGAUAAGACGACAGGCAAUCACAAGAGCACUGUUUCACGCAUUCUACAAAGCAUGAAGGAUGGCGUUGUAGUGGAUGAACUGUUGGCGCAAGCGCCGGCGAUCCGCACUGCAUGGAAGAGCAAGGAGCGGGAGAACCGGCGUGCCCACCCGCAACGCUUCCAGCGCCCACCACUACCUUUCAAGGCCAAGGGCCUGGGUCCUCCCAAACCGCCUGUGGCGCGCGGUGGUCCUCCCUUUGUCAAGCGCCGCUAG